AUGAUAGCUUGGAUAAAACGAUUCGGCAAAAGUGCCAGAAAUUUACCUAAAGAUCGUAUUUUCGGUAACAUUACUUUUUCAGAAUAUGCAGAAGCAGAAAAUAUUCUUUUAAAAUUAAUCCAAGAAGAAAGUUUUGAACCUCAUGAAGACAAAAAAAUCGAAUCAUUGCAACAUUUUGUGGAUGAGAAAGAACUGAUGCGAACUACGACAAACAUCCCUCGGAGAAACGACAGUGGAAAUUUUCGAUCUCCGAUAAUUCUUCCUCCCAACGAUGUUAUAACCAACCUGUUAAACAAGGAAAAACACGAGGAAACUUCCCAUGCAGGUAUUCAAGCCUUAAUGUCAAUUCUGAGAGGACAAUUUUAG